CGGGAACUUGUCUGGGUCGGGUUCUGGUUGGGAAUAGGCAUCAAAAGCAAAGUCGGGCAAGGCUUUAGUCAGUCAAGGCUGAGGGCAAAUGAAACUUAAUAAGAGCUAGCUGGAAUUAGGAUUUAAUGCAAAGAGCACCUGAGUGCGCAUAGAAAAAAAAAAAAAAAAAAGACUACGAUUCCCAGUGAUGACAGCGUUUGAAAUGUGCCGCUUUCUGAGCGUUGUAGUAUUCAAAUAUGGAGCCGGAGUUGAAGUAGACCCACUAUCCAUAGCAUUUUUAAAAAUUUAUUUUAGACGGGUUGGAGUGAGGCCUUUCUGUACCUUCCUAAUCAAUCCAAGGCCAAACGGAUGGAAAAAAUCCAAAUGAGAAUAAGGGACUAUAAUGCCUGCAAGAUUGUGCUCUAUUCAUCGAUGAUUCCUGAUCUAGGAAUAGGUAGUUGAUGUUCGCGGCCUGGGCCGUGUGGCCGGAAGCCUCGUGGUACCUCUGCAAGCAGACCCGUGCCGGCGAAGAACGGAAGCCAGGUUCACGCGCAGUUCUUGCUUAUCUCUGGAGACUAAUCUUGAGCUACCUCUUUUUGUAGUCGGAAGAGACGAGCGUUCCGUUCUCUUGAAUACUACCCUAGGCGUUUUGGACGCGGGAAGGCUUGCGUGUAACUCCCCGCCAUGGCUCAACUCCAGACACGCUUCUUCACAGACAACAAGAAAUAUGCAGUAGAUGAUGUUCCCUUCUCAAUCCCCGCCAACUCUGAAAUUGCUGACCUUAGUAACAUCAUCAAUAAAUUGCUGGAGGCCAAAAAUGAGUUCCAUAAAUAUGUGGAAUUUGAUUUCCUCAUCAAAGGCCAGUUUCUACGAAUGCCUUUGGCCAAACACAUGGAAAUGGAAAACAUCUCAUCAGUAAACAGUUUGUCUUGCUUACUACUGAGUGCCUCUAUGGAUCAGACUAUUCUCCUAUGGGAAUGGAGCAUCGAGAGAAAUAAAGUAAAAGCUCUACACUGCUGUAGAGGCCAUGCUGGAAGCGUAGAUGCUAUAGCAGUUGAUAGCUCUGGAACAAAAGUGAUAUCAAAUCUAAUCCUUCUUGACACAGUUCCAACAGAUGAAGAAGAUGAAAUGGAGGAAUCCACAAAUCGACCAAGAAAGAAACAGAAAACAGAGCAGUUAGGACUAACAAGGACUCCUAUGGUGACCCUUUCUGGCCACACGGAAGCAGUUUCCUCAGUACUGUGGUCAGAUGCUGAGGAAAUCUGCAGUUCAUCAUGGGACCAUACAAUCAGAGUGUGGGAUGUUGAAUCUGGCAGUCUUAAGUCAACUCUGACAGGUAAUAAAGUGUUUAAUUGUAUUUCCUAUUCUCCACUCUGUAAACGUUUAGCAUCUGGCAGCACAGAUCGGCAUAUCAGACUGUGGGAUCCCCGAACUAAAGAUGGUUCUUUGGUGUCGCUGUCCCUAACCUCACAUACAGGUUGGGUUACAUCAGUAAAGUGGUCCCCAACACAUGAACAACAGCUGAUUUCAGGCUCUUUAGAUAACAUUGUGAAGCUGUGGGAUACAAGAAGUUGUAAAGCUCCUCUCUAUGAUCUGGCUGCUCAUGAAGACAAAGUUCUAAGUGUAGACUGGACAGACACGGGGCUACUUCUGAGUGGAGGAGCAGACAAUAAAUUGUACUCUUACAGAUACUCACCUACCACUUCACAUGUGGGGGCUUGAAAAUGAAUAAUAAUUUAAUUAUGUAGACUCCAUAAAUAAAAUUGGUACAGAAGAUUAUUUAUAUAGAUGUAGAAAGUACCCUUUUAAAGCUUACAUAAUAUUUUCACCCUUUAUAAUGGCUACCAUUGCUAUCUUUGUCUUCUUUGUGUUUAUAAAACAUGGUAUGUGAUCUGCAUUCUCUAUCUUAUACAAACUCUUGAAACUAAACUUCAGUUGUACAAUUUCUCUUUAAAGGUAUAAAGUUUGAGUCGGACAUGGUAGCACACACCUAUAAUCCCAGCUACUAAGGAGGCUGAGGCAGGAGAAUCACAAAUUCAAGGGUAGCUUGAGCAAUUUUAUGAGAACCUGUCUCAAAAUUUUGAAAAAGCAUAUACGGGCCCUCAGUUCAACCUUUGAAACUCAAAAAAAAAAACAA